AUCAGGCUUGGUUCUCUUCUUUUCUCAAUCACUCUUUUCUCAAUCAGAUUUUCACUGAUCGAUCAUACAUAGUUAUAGAGAUGGUGAAAAACACUAAUUCUGAAAAAAGUGGCCUUAGGAAAGGAACAUGGACCCCAGAGGAAGAUAAAAAAUUGAUCGCUUAUGUUACCAGAUACGGUCACUGGAAUUGGAACCUACUCCCCCAGUUUGCAGGUCUUGAGAGGUGUGGAAAAAGUUGCAGGCUAAGGUGGCUGAAUUACUUAAGACCAAAUAUCAAAAGAGGAAACUACACUAAAGAAGAAGAGGAAACCAUUAUCAAACUUCUCCAAAGUCUCGGUAACAGAUGGUCUGCCAUAGCUGCUCAGUUGCCAGGAAGAACAGACAAUGAAAUAAAGAAUUAUUGGCACACCAAUCUCAAGAAACGAUAUCAACCUCUCAAACCUCAAGUUUCCCACUCAAAGGAUCAAUCACAACCUGAACAAGUACCAAACCCUAGCAAUAAUACUGCACCAACUUCUCAGUCCACCGAUUCAUGCACAGCAUCAUCAUCAUCAACAUCAACAUCAACAUCCUCGUCCCUACUCUCUAUAACUACUGGUACCAAAGAAAAAAAGUUUGAUACAAUUUCUGAGGAUGACGAUUUUUCGUUUGUGGAUGCAUACCAACUAGAGCCUGUGAACGAAAGCUUCUUGUUGGAACCAUAUAUGGUUGACACAUCGUGCCUUUCUUCUGAUAUUUUGGUGCCUGAACCCGAUUACUUCAGCCCUGUUUCUGACAUAGAACUUUGGAGUCACAGUAAUGAAUACUAUGCGUGAGGAGAUACUAAACAGUUAACGAAUGACGAGACCAACAUUGAAAAAUCAAAGUUUCCGUCUCAAGGCGGAGAAAAAUAAAGUGAUUCAAUUCAAGGUUGCUACGUACGCUGUUGUCGUUGUCUCUCGUGUUUCUUAAUUAAUACUAGUGGCAUGAAGUGCGAUGUGGAUAAGAAAUUUGUAGAAUUAUUAACAUCUUAAAUUAUG